AAGAGUCAGUGCUUUCUGCAAGAUUGAAAUCAUGGCAGGUCCAGAAACUGAUGCCCAAUUCCAAUUCACUGGUAUCAAAAAAUAUUUCAACUCUUACACUCUCACAGGACGAAUGAAUUGUGUACUGGCUACAUAUGGAGGCAUUGCUUUGCUGGUUUUAUACUUCAAGUUAAAGCCUAAGAAAAAUCCAGCUGUGAAAGCAACAUAAAAGGAUUCUAAACUGUACCUCAUCUGUAAUUUCCCCUAUCUGGAGAAGCUAAUGUCAACUCAUCAUGUGAUACUCAAUUUGUACAAUAAAUUAUGAACCCGGAAAAAAAAA